AAGCUCUACUGGGGUUGUGAUGAAGCAUUUUGUGAGUACAGAUGGUUCUCAUAAUUUUAUUGUUUUUUAAUUUUCAGUUUUAUGUUUUACACUCUGGAUAGUAAUUUUAAAAGACCGUGCACAGAAAAAUUGCACCAUGUAAAUAGCUUCCUGUUAGAUUCUUGCAUCUUUUCUGGGUCUAAUAAAUAUGGCGUUAAAUCUUUUGAGGAAAAAAAUGCUGCACAAACAAAUUCUUCAUGUAGUUUUUGCUAUCUUGUGCUUAUUUGUUUAUUUUUCUAUGGAGUAAAAACAAUUGUAAACAAUGGCUGGAUGUGGAAAUAUGUUGUUUAAUCCUGUGAAUGUAAUAAAAAGCCCAUUAAUUAGAUAUGGGCAUAAAAUGAGAGGGAAGCCUCCAACGAUAGCCAGGAGUCUUAAGCAAAGAUUAAGUGAUGAAAACCCUCAAGACAUAUCACUGACUUUCAAGGUUGAUAUUGGAUUUCGCUUGCCGAAGCUCUCUCGCCAGGAUAGGCUGAAGGAACACUCCGAGUUCAAACAGCGAAAGCAGGAAAGAACUUUGGAAAAGUUGUCAAGAACUCAAAAAUUGUCGGUGCCGUUGGAUAAAGUGAAAGAGGAGUGGUCCAAAAGUCUUGCACCGUAUCAAAUCAAAACUGCAGCAGAACACUAUGGCGUGUUUGAGCACCUGUUUGGCGAUGCUUAUUUCUACCCGCAAGUCAUGCUGGAUGUGCUGUACAAGCAGAAGGAGGAAGAUCUGUACAUGAAGGUGCACAGGGGAAACGUCAUCAAACCGUCAGAGGCGACUGCUGCACCAGAUGUCAGCUACACGGCUGAUCCCGCGACCUUGUGGACCCUUGUGUUGACCAAUCCAGAUGGCCACUUCUCGAGCGAUGACAGUGAAUACGUCCAUUGGUUUGUUGGCAACAUUCCUGGGAGCGAUGUCAGUAAAGGUGACGUCGUCUGGGAUUACCUCCAGCCGUUCCCGCCUCGGGGAACUGGAUUCCACCGAUUCGUGUUCGUCUUGUACAAGCAGGAGAAGCGCAUGGACUACUCUUCGCUGAAGAAAGAACAACCUUGUGUGAAUUUGUCUGAGAGAACAUUCAGAACACAGGACUUCUACAGAGAGAGACAGGAUGAUAUAACGCCGGCUGGUCUGGCUUUCUUCCAGUCAGACUGGGACCGUUCCCUCACGGACUUCUACCACAACACUUUGAAUAUGAAGGAACCUGUGUUCGAAUACGAUUUCCCUCCUCCGUACAUUCGACCCCAGGUGUUGUUUCCUCUCCGGCAGCCAUUCAACUUGUACAUGGACAAGUACAGGGACGAGAAACAAAUCGCCAAAGAGUUCCUGCUGAGGAAACUGAAGAAUGUCCACCCGUUCCGUAAACCAGACCCCCCUCUCAAGUACCCCAAUGCUGUGCCGCUCGAUAACAGCAAAGUCCCGUCGUGGCUUAGGACUGAGAUAAAGAAAGCAAGAUUGGGCUGGGGGCGGAUAAAUGACUACUGAAGCCUUUUCGUGGCUACCAGAUGUUCCAUUGGGAGUUUAACACUUCACAGUUUCUAAAGGUCUUAGUCAUUGCCUGAAUUAGUAGGUAUGUUUUGUGGUUUAUAGCUUAUGAUGUGGCUAAUAAGCCAAAUUAAUUUGAGACUUUGAAAUACUUUGUGACAAAAACAGGUCAUGAUUGUACAUAUGUAUGGAGUAUAUAUUUAUAUGCCAUUUGUUAAAAAAAAAAAGAACUUAAGAAUAAA